AUGGACCCCUUGCUGGUGGAAUCGCCAGCGGCCGUCCAUGGUGCGCUUUUCAGCCACCUGGCAAUGCCAGCCAAACUCCCACAGCAGCGAGACCCAGAGAAACAAAUCCAGCUCAUCGAGUCUGAACUCGUUCAGCGUUUGGCAGCCGCCGCCAAGAUCAUGAGCGAAUUGCCUGGAAACGCUGAUCAAUGCCGCGAUGUCUGGCACUCAGUUGGCAAAACACUCGGUGCCUGCCAGCAUCUCAACGCAGCCGGGCGAAUUGACAAGGCAAUUCUUCUCCGAGAACUGCACGACCUGGGCCCGUCUGGCUGCAUUGUUCUGCACAUCGAGAAACAGAAUGCUGGUCUCAUCAUCCGUCGAGCACAAGAUCCCAUAUUCAACGACAGUGUCGUCUUCGAGGCCUUCGAAGCGUCUGCCAAGAAUGAACAGGUCUUAGCCACCGAGGGCGCUCUGCUCUGGGACUUCCCCGGGAUCGCGGUCGCCAUCCCGUUCACGACCUUCGCCGAUCAGCACUUUCAAUCAAGCUUAGCCACAUUCAUUGAGCAGGCGUCGCUGGAAACCGUCAAGGACUUCGCUGCUCACGCCUUCAAGGCCGGCACUAGUGUCUUCGAGUAUCGCAACACCGGUGACCCUUCCAUCAUCACCUCUCUACUCAUGGCAAUUCUUGAAGAAAAUGGCCGCCGGGUUGCCCCAGUCCUUCUCAGGAAGCGUGUUCGCGACGACAUUUGCUGGGAUCACGCCAAAAGGCCAUGGCGCAGACUACCUUACUAUCUCAUCCUCCGCGUCUGUAUCGAGAGAUUCCUCUGCGUCUCGUUGAGUCCGGAGCAAGGUCGCCUUGAGUACAAGUUCUUCAUGUGUGUCCUUUUGUCAACGUUUCUCGACGCCACAAUCACCUUCCAAGCCAGCGCUGAAAAUGUUCACUUUCUCAAAAAGAAAAUCUGCCGUCGGCUCGUCAAAGUUGACCUGGAUAGAAGCCGCUCCCAGGAUCGUGUCGCCGUCUCGAGGUACGACUUUCUCUUCAAUCGUCUCAAUCCCACCUUCACCGCAACCAUCGACAAGUGUUCCUACUUUCUCCAUCGUGCGAUUACACAGACGAGAAAGAGCUUGACUAAACAAAUCCCCACGCUUCCACGGAAAGCCCCUUUCGUGGACAUGCAGCUUGGUCUCAGGGCCAGCUAUGAGUACAUCAAAAAGGUCAUCCUCAGCAACAAAGCGCCACGCAGAAGACGACGAUAUCGGGAAAUUCCGGGCGAAGGUCCAGUUGAAGCACCCAGAGACCAUCUCAGUCAUUAUGCACAGCGCUAUCAUAAGCUGAUCAACACCGAGACGGAGCUCCUUGCAUCGACAAAAGAUUCCUGCACACAGAUUUCUCAGCAAAUCUUUGACUACAUCCAUACAGCGGCUCCUCUGUACGAGGGCAACGCAAAACAAAAGAGCCAGAUGCUUCUGACAGUCAUGGAGUUGUGGAUCAAGAUGGAUUCGAUUGCUUGCGCUUCAUUCCCCCUGCUGACGGACUUUCACCCAAUGUUCUACCCACAAAUGCUAGAUGUUCUCCUUCUGCCUCAGCUUGGGGAUAUGAGGCGCCUCGGCAUGCUCCAAGAUCUUCUGUCAGCUCGCGUGAAAAAAGCUAGUGCCAGCCGCCGCAACAUCUUUGAGGACCCAUCCCCGGGUUGCUUUGCUGAGCGGUACUACAAGGAAUCAAGUGAGGGGUCGGUCUUAAAAGACUUGCACGGAGCAAUCAUUGAAUUAGCUAGCAAUAUGCGCGAUCAGAAACAACGGGAGUGGAAAAAGAAAAGCAAGGAAUAUGACGAAUUGAUCAGCCGCAUUGAUAUCAGCGCCUGCACUUACAUCUUCGACGAGCACAAUCCCCAGGGCCGGGGGUAUCAUGACCGCAACUGUUCGAGAUGUUCCAUGAUGGAGAAAGCUCAAAGCAUGCGCAUUAAUAUAUUCGAAGACCCCCUGCCUAGUGACCCUGUCGUUGCACGAGCGGUUAUUUUCGAAUUAGUUUGUCCAAAGGAGUUUGCGGCAUAUCGAGACACGACAUGGUGGCUUCUUCGACAUCUCGCGACUCACUUCGAUGACCAAGGUAUUUUACCUCGGUGUCUUCUGAGAGACUAUCUCCAGCUGAAGUCUUUUUGGAGACCGAGCCAGCACAAGCUUGGCUUAGCCUCGACUACAAAGCCUUUCCAUGUAACUCAUUACACUUCGAUGCCGUUUCCAGUUGAAUGGGAAGGAGGACGUGAUGGUGUAUGCCGCCCAAACGCUCUGAAGCUCGGAUACUUUGACGAAUCGACCUCAACAUGGCCUGGCCGUGUCAGAUUCCGACCUUUAUUCGACCACCAAGUGGCUCUGACCCUGCCAAAGAGCUCGCCGUGGAGUACGCUGCUGGAGACAAAGGCUUACUCGUUGAGUGGUCCAGGUCCAUCGUCCUACGAAGUUGUUGCCAGCCAGUCAAGCUGCCCUCCAGGGAUUAACAACCACGAAUAUCUGGCCAUGCAAACGCUCAUGGCUGGAGAAUCCCAACGCUGGAUUGUGUUGCUCACAGAACUGGCUUCAACAAACCUGAACUUCUCAAGCGAAGUCACGAUGCUUCUGGUGACCCAUCUUGCCCUUCAAAGCGGCCCACAAGAUAACUCGGGCGACUUUCUUCGAGCCACUCACACCAUCUUUAGAGAUGAAUCGUUCUGCAAGAGACUAUUGGAGCAGAUUCAGACGCGACUAGAAACUGUGCAAGCCAAUUGGCGCGAAACGUACCAAAUGGACAUUCUGAUUACACUUCUGCUCCGGACAUUCGCGUUGACAACCACAAGCCCCGACCAAAAGGGAUUUUCAAACAUUAUUCGAGCUCGCGAAAUCUGCUUGCGAUGGGUUGAAAUGCUUCGCUUUGAGACAUUCCGAGCAAGGGAUGCUGAAACAGCCCGCAGGUGCCAACAGUACGCUCUUUGGGCAGCGGUUCUUUGCAAGCGCACGUACGUCAUUCACGCGAACCAGGUUGCGAAUCUUGAUUCGCUUUCGUUGCGGACGUACAUCGAGUGUUGCAUUACAGUCCAGGAUAACUUGGUUGUUGACGUUGGCGCACUGCCUCAAGUUCUCCAACACGCUGUCGUUUCGGACAUGAAGCUAUCAUAUCGUCUAUCACCAAUGGUUCGCAAGUCUAUUGCUUCUGCACCUGACAUGUUUAGGAUCGCAAUUAUGACAGUGUGGCCUGAAGCCGACGGCCAUUCUCGUACGAUUUCGUCUCUCCAACUCGAGUCAGAAUGGGUUAUCUGCGAGAUCCAAGGCCAUGAUGGUUGGGAAGAGCGCAUGCAGACUGUUCAGUACAACAUUUGCACUGGGUUACUCCUCGUCGACAACCGUCCUCUUGGAAAACUCCCCAAGCCACCUGAACAUACAGAAGUACUCACGGAACUUUUCGGGGAGCAGGCUUUGCUUACUCGCCCUUCGGACAUGCCUGGCAUGGACUACACAUUGACUGUCAAACAUCAUGGAUAUCGCAUCGACAUUGGAUAUGACGGCAGUUCAAUUGUCAUUCGGGCAACUAAAGGACAGCAGUACCUUCAAUUGAUACAGAGAAGCAAGUUCAAAUCGCGAGACGCAUGGGAUCUACCCGGCCCUCUUCUGAAUGAUUGCGUUCACUGGCUGGACCUACGGAGUGGAAAGGUGCUCAUCACCCCGAACGCCGACAAAUGGAACAUUGGCCACCAUAACUGGAUUCUCGAUGUUCAAGAUCGUAGCUGUACGAACAAGAGUUCUCGGCUUGUCGAUACGUAUAGUUCCCUGUUCGGCCGUAUCGCUGACAUUUUCGGUGGCUUUGAAGAACGCAUGAACCUCCUUGUGUUCCAGCCGCAUUCAGGACAUUUGAGCGUAGAGAUCCGCCGGCUACAACUUCUCUUCUACGUCAACACCUGCCGCCUGCUCCAAUCACCUCAAUUAGGAUCUGAAAUUGACUCAGACCAAGAUGCGGGCACUUGGUACGGCCUUGAAAGCAAGCUGGUUUUGCGGAACCCACGCGAUAUCCAGCAGAGAAGCAUCUUGACACCAAUUGGUGCAGUGGAAGCGAAACAAAACAAUAACAACAUGGUAGUGAGAGUGCCUCCCAGUGGAGACUACGGCAAGUUUGUCAUCAACAGACAUCUCGGACGGAUCGAAUCAGCUCCAGAGCCAAUGCUUCUCUAUAUGAAGGCACAGCUGCACGCAUAUACGUCUUCGUCGUUCCCGGACCCUCUCACUGAACGGACUGGGACUGAAGAGGCAUUACAAUGGCUAAGAUCUGGGAUCUGUCAACCCUGGUCUCCCCUUCACAGUGGACCAAUCAAAGUACUACUCAAGAUCGCGCAGCUCACUCCACAGCAUGAGUAUUAUCCGACCGAUCUCAAAGUCAUGAAAACGGAUCGCUGGGAUGUAAGCUUGACCGAAGGCGUACAGCAUGAAAUGUUCAGACCUAUUGUUGAACAGAUCUUUUCAAUUUCUGCGGAGCUUCAAUCCUUUGCGCUCGUAGAUGUCAACUUCGGCGUAUUACCACCCGCUGGCGACCUUCACCUGCAUACUCGGGCCCGGCUUCGCAGGCAGAUAUAUGAGCGGUCUUUCGAUAAUAGCACAGAUAUUACGAAGGCCGUCGACUGCAAAUACCAGUCGCGCGAUGUCCCAGCAUCUUCUAACCAGCGUCACUUGCAAGUUCUGGAGAUUGUCAACUUUCUCCGAACUUGGCCACACAAGGCGAUGACGACGCGGUGCCUGGCACAGCAGCUUUCUCAACACAAUCUGAUCGGUGGCUUUCAAGAACUCUGCGAGAAGAACUCACUGAACGACCGCCUGGGCAUUGACAUUGCGGCAAACUGGGGCUCCUUAGUCAAGUCUUGCCGGGAACAAGAAAAUCCCUUUGUGCUGAUGUUCAUGCUGGCACCCAUUUCGUACGGCUCGAAAGCCGAUUUGAGUCUUAUCAAGACUUUAGCGGCUUUUGCAGUUUACGAGGAAUUGAAAGCUGUCGAGCUACCUGUUUGGGUCGAGUAUCGAGACUUCCAAUCCAACCACGCCCCUCAGCUAGACAAUCUCAUUGAAGCGAUUGGACCGUUCAAGACUCCAGCCCCCAAGAAUGAUGCUGACGAACUCAAAAGCUUUGCCAGUGCCAAACAGCUUCGACGUAUGAGAGACGAGACAGCAGCCUGGGAUCUCAAGGCCAAUGAUGAUUGCAGGUUCUUGGCGAAGUACUUACUUGAGCAGUGGCCUUGCAUCGAGCCCGGCGUUGCAGACAUAUCCAAGCCUUUGCAGGUCGACAUCGAAGCUGCUUUGAGUGUGGUCCGAGUGGGAUGGAAGCACCUCUACCAAAACAAGGACUUGUGUGCACACUUGAACACCGUUCAGUCUAUUCUGGAUCAGCACCAAAGUGAGACAAAUUAUGAGGCCUCGUGCUUCAUUGCAUCAGAAGAGAGCUUUGGAGACCGCUUGCGUGGUGGUGAGAUCCCUUCACUGAGGUCUGACUUGUUGCGAAAGACAGUUCCGAGUCCUCACAACGGUGGAAAGACCAACUUCAGAGAUGAUAUCAAGGUCAAGAUCGUUAAUCCUAGGGCUGGCCGUCUUGUCGAACCAUCCCGCCAUCCAGGUCACAUUCGCCAACCAAUCAAGCUUCCACCCUCAGCAACCCGAAGUCUUGGGACGAACGUUCUAGCACCGAGCUGGAUGUCCGCGAAGACGACUCUGCUUCCUUCCACCGGUGCCAUUGCCGAGCUGAAAAAGAUUGUGUCGAACCUUUCCAACUCGAAGUCGCUGGUCCGUCAAAAAUACGCGGAAGACCUGGAGAAGAGUCUGGACGCUUUUGUUUCCAGGCAUGCCUCUAAACACACCAGAGACGAUAUGCCACCAGAUUUUGUUUCUCGAGAAGUUUCUUUGUCGCUUCUCUCGACCCAACGACGUUACAAGGCUAUUGCUCUUGCUCUAGAGAAACCUGACGAGAAUCUCUCUGCUGAAAGCGUGCAUUGGCUCAAGGCCGGCCAGCUUUGGCCUGCGAUCACCACGGUGACCUUGUUGGAACAGCUCCGGUCGACAGCCACGCCCGUUCAGUUCGGCAACUCGGUGUUCCAGACAUUGCUGGACUUUGGUAUCUCGAUCACAAACGCUCAGCGAGAUCUCCGUAUUAACCAUGCUAUUAUGCGUGGCGAUGCUGGACGAUACGCAGACGAGAUGGCAAACAAGGGCCACUCGAACUGGCAGCCAUCCGAGCAUCCCGAUUGGCUACUUCUCGAAAUCGAAGCAAACUUGAUGAUACGACCCGACCAGGUUGACGUCGCCUUGGCUACAAUAUCUCCGGCUUCUGGUUGUAAUUCUGUUUUGCAGAUGAACAUGGGGCAAGGCAAAACAUCUUGCAUCAUACCCAUGGUGGCUGCUGCACUGGCAGAUACCAAAACCCUUGUAAGGGUAGUGGUCCCAAAAGCUCUUCUGCUGCAAACGGCUCAGCUCCUUGAAGCACGACUCGGCGGUCUUCUCAAUCGACAAGUCCGGCACAUUCCGUUCUCCCGUCGAACCCCUACACAGGAAAACCUCAUUCGAGCAUACCAUAAAGUGCACAGAACUAUAAUGAAGCAAGCCGGGGUCAUGGUAUGCCAGCCGGAGCACAACCUGUCCUUCAUGUUGAGUGGCCUGCAGCGGAUGGUGGACAACAGGAUGCCGGAAGCUGGGCCAAUGAUCAACGUUCAGUCGUGGCUGCGCACUCGAUGCCGCGACAUCUUGGAUGAGUCUGAUUACACAUUAGCUGUGAGAACACAGCUAAUCUACCCCUCCGGCUCACAGAUGACUGUCGAUGGGCAUCCUCAUCGUUGGCAAGUGGCUCAAGACCUCUUGCGACUCGUUGACAGGCAUCUAUACGCCCUAGCCCACCAGUUUCCGAACUCAAUCGAAGUCAUUCGACGAUCCGGGGGAGGCUUCCCAUUACUCUUCUUCUUACGAACGGACGUUGAGGAGGCGCUUGUCAAGCUUCUUACUUCAGACGUGUUACGGGGUGAUGCUGGGAUUCUUCAGUUGCAGAACCUAGACGCUGUCGACCGACUUGCUGUUAGGGAGUUCUUGCUCAAUGAAAGACCCCGGGAUGGAACACUUCAGCGUAUCCGUCAUUUGUGCCCGGAUCGGCCCAGCGUCAAGCAGACCGUUUACCUGCUUCGGGGUAUCUUGGUCAACCGCAUCUUAAUGAUGACUCUGAAGAAGAGAUGGAAUGUUCAGUAUGGGCUACAUCCACUCCGAGACCCCAUUGCGGUGCCUUACCACGCCAAAGGCGUCCCCAGCGAGCAGUCUGAGUGGGGACACCCAGACGUCGCCAUCUUAUUCACAUGUCUGGCAUUUUACUACGACGGCAUCAGCGUCGCUCAACUGACCCAAUCCCUUGAGCAUCUUCUCAAGUGCGAUGAUCCAACCUCUGAAUACGAUAAGUGGGCUCGAAGCAGUGCAAGAUUUCCUGAGCACCUCAAAGCCUGGAACUCGAUCAAUGUCGAUGAUGGUCAGCAACUUGGUGAGAUAUGGAUAGCUCUGCGGUACAACAUUGCGGCGAUUGAUUACUUCAUGAAUAACUUCGUUUUUCCUCAGCAUGCGCAACAGUUCAGAGUCAAGCUCCAAUCAAAUGGUUGGGAUAUCCCUCUCUUCUCAGUGCAUGACACCGAUCAGUCGACGCAAGCAGAGCAAGCUGGACAGAGACAACCUACUUCGUCAUCGGCCAUGACAACCGGGUUCAGUGGCACAAACGACAAUCGUACAAUGCUUCCGCUCACCAUCACGCAGGACGAUCUUCCUGGGCUUUCACAUACCAAUGCAGAAGUUCUCACAUACCUAUUGCACGACCGAUCUCGAGAGUGCCACAGGGUUGUCGGACCCCGUGGGGCGCGCGCAUCCGAGCCCGAUCUAUUGAGAGAGCUUCAUCGUCGUGGCAUCAGAAUUUUGAUCGAUGCUGGCGCCCAGAUACUGGAGAUGGACAACGAGACCCUAGCUAAGCAGUGGUUAACGAUCGACGAGAAAGCUGCCGCGGCCUUGUUCUUUGACCAAAGCAACAUGCCGUGGAUCAUCCAGCGAAGUGGUAGAAAGACGCCGCUCCUCGCAUCCCCUUACGCUGAUGACCUCGGCGAAUGCUUGGUGUAUUUGGAUGAGGCUCAUACGAGAGGUACAGACCUCAAGUUCCCUCCAUCAGCACGGGGUGCGUUGACUCUGGGACUGAAUCAAAGCAAAGACCAUACAGUUCAAGGUGAGCAGCUAAUACAGGACUACUUCAACGCAACGUCUCUCCCGAACAUUGGACUCACAAGACCAUUCACAGCUGCUAUGCGAUUGAGGCAACUGGGCACAACUCAAUCCGUGACUUUCUUCGCUCCCCCAGAAGUAUACCAGAGCAUUGUUGAUCUCCACUGCAAGCCGCAUGGGGCCACUGUGAAUUCCAGCGAUGUGAUUUUCUGGCUCUUGGACAACACUUGCGAUGGUAUUGAGCAGUUACAGCCACUUUACUAUUCCCAGGGCAUGGACUUCUGUCGCCGAAUGCAGGCUGCGAUUGACAACCCAGAUUUUGUCAAAGAUAAGCACCAGCGGGAAAACUAUCUUGUGACGAUCAAGCAAGACGAGCAACACAGUCUUCAGAAGCUCUACGAGCCGAAACGAAAGAUCAAGGGAACUGGAGAAUUCCAGGCUGGAUCAGACGCGAAGAUCAGGGCCUUUGUUAAGGAACUGAACAAGAGGCGCAAGGCAUUCCAAGACACUGGUCGGGCUGUCCAUGCAUCCGCUCUCCAGGAAGUUGAACAAGAACGAGAAGUGGCCUUCGAGGUUGAAACAGUUCGUCAAGUCAAGAAGCCUCGAGUCCUUCGCCACGCAGGAAGAAUACCCGCUGGCGCCCACACCUUUGUCCCUGCCAUCAAAUCCUUGUCUAAGACUGCGAUAGGCAAGAAGUUCAAGGUUUCGGACCGACCCUCGCGUUCCAAUCUCUACGUUACUACGGAAUUCGAGCGGACAGUCAAGCUAAACUUCGACCUGACGAGCGACAAUUUCCUGCGCAAUGUGAACUGGAUACUAUGGAGCCGUAAGACCGAAGUGGCCUUGAUCGUUAUACCGGAAGAGGCGGAAAUACUCUUGUCCAUUCUCAAGGAUCCAGCCUUUCACUGCGCGACAAACUUGAUUACCUACGCGGCGCCAGUUACCCGGAAGAUGCUCCAUUUCAGCGACCUCAACUUUUUCAGUGUCCCUUCACUCCCUCUUGGUUGGAAGGCCCCAGAUUGGCUGAAGAUCGAGCUGGGAAUCUACGGCGGCCGGCUAUAUUUUGAGUGGGCCGAGUACGACCAGCUCUGCGAAUUUCUUGGCAUCGAUCAGUCACUGCCGUUGUUAGAGUAUCUCGAUCAGGAAGGUUCAGACAGUGACUCUGCCGAUACGCAGAGCGGCGAAAAGAACAAGGUGUAUGUGUCGCCUAACGGCCUUACUGCGCGGCCCCUGUCUUUUGUGCAAGAGUGGCUUGCUGCGCGCCGUCGCGGUCAAGACUUCAUGUCGACCCCAAUGGGUUUCAUCGCGCAGGGCAAGACUCUUCAGGAGGAUCACCCAUUCUUCCGACAAGUCGUCAUCGAGAAUCGAGACAAGCUGUUUGCUCCUAUUCAAAGCAAGGGGGAUGACGAAGAGGACAACGGCGAUCAUCACGUUGACCUAUUUGCUGUGGAUGGCAUGGGUGCCAAUGAAGAGGAUGAUAGCGAUGCACACGAGGACGAGAUUGAGUACAACGAUUCGGAGAUUGGAAGCGAAGUCGAGGAGGACUGA